AUGGUUUACUCUGUCGACCUUUUUGCCACCAACCUUAGCCCCUGGGACUGGGUCCCAACUUGGCAGCAAACGGUCGUAUCUCAUGGCUACAACACAUACGCUCCCCAGGUGAUUGUGUCGGGCCAGGCUGAUGGGAAGGCUGGUGUGUUCGAAGCCGCAAGGGGCACCUGGACUGGCACCACGGGCGCGUCUGUCUAUGAUUGGCCCGGAGAUGGCACCAAUAUCGUUCUUCUGAUCGACAUGCCUUAUGUCGGCGACAACUCUUGCCGGACCGCUUUCUUGCCUAAGGACUUUUUCUAUCCCUCGGACGAUCAGGGGUGGAACUGGGAUCCGAAUGGCAACACGGAGGACAUGGUAAACAAGUUUGCAAACAGAAACUACGGCAAUACACAGGCCAAGGGCCUCGAUGGAAAGUACUAUGAAUUGUCUUGCGUGAUCAGCCAAGGAACACAAGUCGAUGCCCACUUUACCAUGCAACCCGUCGCCAAUAGCACUACCAAGUAG